CCCAACGUUUAACUGCGAAACUUCAACUAUAACUUUGCAAGGGCAAGUAUGAUGGCGACGAAAAUUUUGCUCAACGGAACAUUUGGGAAAAGUAUUUUCCCAAAGGCCUGUGUUCAAAAUGCUAUUCGCUUGGAGAGUAGUGCUGUUCAGCCUUCAGAAACUACUCCUGUCAAAAGAAAACCUUACUCCCCAUUUCAAAACACAUCUUCAAAAAUGGAAUAUGCACUUGCUCGAGUUGAUGACUUGCUGAAUUGGGCUCGCAAGAACUCUCUAUGGCCUAUGACCUUUGGCCUCGCUUGCUGUGCAGUAGAAAUGAUGCAUAUGGCUGCUCCCCGCUAUGAUAUGGACAGAUUUGGAGUGGUUUUCCGAGCAAGUCCCAGACAGUCUGAUGUCAUCAUUGUGGCUGGAACUUUAACUAAUAAAAUGGCACCAGCUCUUAGAAAAAUUUAUGAUCAGAUGUCGGAACCUCGGUGGGUAAUUUCAAUGGGCAGCUGUGCAAAUGGAGGUGGAUAUUACCAUUACUCCUAUAGUGUUGUGAGAGGUUGUGACCGCAUUAUACCUGUGGAUAUAUAUGUGCCUGGUUGCCCUCCAACUGCUGAAGCUUUACUUUAUGGUGUUUUACAAUUACAGAAGAAAAUAAAACGAAUGAAUAGUGUCCAGAUGUGGUACAGGAAAUAAUUGUAUUGAACAUCAUCAAUGGUAGAUUCAGAACCUUGUAAAUACAAUUGUAGAAAUUGAAUACUGAUCUUUUAAAACCAGUUUCAGAGACUUAUAAUUUAAAUUAAAACUUGGAUUUAUUUCUGUGA